AUGGAAGAGAACAACAACCAAGGGCAGGGGCAGGGGCAAGGGCGGCAUGGCGGUGGAGGUGGUGGCGGUGGGGAGACGGUACGGUCGCGGUGGACGCCGAAGCCGGAGCAGAUACUGAUCCUGGAGUCCAUCUUCAACAGCGGGAUGGUGAACCCGCCGAAAGACGAGACCGUCCGCAUCCGCAAGCUCCUCGAGAAAUUCGGCUCCGUCGGCGACGCCAACGUCUUCUACUGGUUCCAGAACCGCCGCUCCAGAUCCCGCCGCCGCCAGCGCCAGCUCCAGGCCAGCCUCGCAGCCGCCGCUGCAGCCGCCGCCGGAGACGCUGCCCAGGGCAGCACCACCACCACCAUGGGCAUGGGCUUCAACAUCAACAUCAACAACAACAACUACCCCGCCGGCGGCGGCGGCGGCGGCGGUGCAAUUCAGUUGGAGGGGUUUGUGGGGAACAUGAGCCCAGCUUCUCCUUCGUCGUCGUAUAACUACUUUCUCAGCCAGGGCCAGGGGGGAGCGUCGAUGGAUCAUGAGAGCAUGUAUUCUUCUUCUUCUUCUUCUUCUCUCCCGAACCCGUUGGCGCUAGGCGGCGGUUUCGAGGACGCCGUGGUUCCCACCUCUGCUGGCGGCGGUGGACUGCUGAUGGCCUCACCCAGCUCCGAUAUUAUAAUGUGCUCCGCCGCAGCUCCGGCGAGUUCCAGUUUCCUCUACCAAGGCGGAGGAGAUGGAGGGCAGGCGGCGGCGGGGUUCGUGAUAACGGUGUUCAUAAAUGGGGUGGCGACGGAGGUGCCUCGGGGGCCGGUGGACGUGAGGAGCAUGUUCGGGGAGGAUGUGGUGUUGUUUCAUUCGUCGGGCCUCUCGCUGCCGGUUAAUGAAUUUGGGUUCCUCCUCCACGGCUUGCAGCACGGCGAAAGCUACUUCCUGGUAACACUUUAA